AUCGCCACAGGCAUCCCUGUGCAGCACGGGGUGUCCCCGCCCUUGACCAUGGCCCCGGGCAUGGGCAUGGUCCCGAUGGGCCCCGUCAGCCCCUCCGGGCCGCCGCCCCUCGGGUCCAAGGUGUUGAUGCCACCCCCGCACUUUGGCGCACCUCCCCCCUUUGGGUAUCCGCCUCCCGCCGGCGCGGCGCUGAUGCCCGGCGGAAUGCUCCCCCCCGGCAUGAUGAUGGGCGGCGCCUAUGCGCCCAUGCCGGCAGCGCCCCUCGUCUACCAGCCGAUGAUGCCGGUCGCUCAGGGGCCGCCGGGCCCCAGCCGCGGCCAAAAGCCCGUCGCCGGCCCUGCGUCGGAGGGUGGGGAGGCGUCGUGA